CAAUGCAAUGUUCCAGAAUUAAAUCACACACUAAUAAAAUGUAAUCCGCCUUAGAUCUGUCAGCUUCACAUAUACCUAUUUCCUUUAUUCUGUUUGCCCGACUACCUACAUACGUAAGGCAUGUCAACUAGUACCAAGUAGGUAUUACUCAACACUUGGAAUCUCUUCCCUGUUCGCGAGUUCUUGGUAUUUCAAAUACCCAUUUUCCCCCAUCAACCCCGGAGUCCGAUCCAUCCUCCUGCCUAUUCAGAGGGGCCGUGCAUGGGGAGGGGGACUACCGGUACCUGGUAUGUGCAGAUGGUAGACAGAGGAGGUUGUAGAAAUAUCAGACCUACUUAUUUACUACUUUCUUCCCUCUUGUAUCGGAAUGCGAUUGAGUGGUACUGGACUUCGUCUGAUUGUUAAUGCUCCGUCGUCGUCUCAGCUGCUUAGGUCUAUUUCAGCCGCCCAUUCUUUAGGUCGUCGUUUCAUUGCAUCUGCUACUACUGCUGUUGCUGCUGCUGAUCCCUCUACUGCACCCACUACUACAUAUACUGCAUUUGUUCCUCGAUCGUGUUCCUUGUCUGACCAUACAUCUUCCCCCCUCCGCAAAUAUACCACUUCCACUACUACCACUACUACCAUUACUACCAAUACACAAUUCAAGAUGGCUUCCACUCUAACUCUCCCCAAGUUACCCAUCUUCGAAGCCAUUGCUAGUCACAACCCACAAUCUACCGCUGUUGUCCAUUGCUUAUCCCGCAGAACUUUCAAGUAUGGUGAAAUUCUACCGGAUGUAUGCCGUACCCGUGACCGGAUACUUGAUGCGGCGGGCACAACAGAUAUUCGAGGCGAACGAGUUGCUUUUCUGAUAGAGAAUGGAUAUGAUUAUGUUGUCACAUAUCUGGCUAUUCUAGCCGCACACGCUAUUGCCUUGCCACUUUCACCUCCCUUCCCGGCACCCGAGCUACAGUACAUCUUGUCGCAAUCUCAGGCGAUACUCUUGUUGCACUCGCCUAGAUAUGCCUCGAAAGUCGACGAAGUUCUCCACACUCCAAGCACAGAGCUCGAUGCUACGCCGUCGCCGACCCCCGUCGAGCUGCAGAAACGCCUCGGCGCAAUCUCAGAGACUUUCGAGCAGGUUACUCUGCUAGAAGAAGACAGCACCGAGGGUGCCGGCAUGAUGCUGUAUACAUCCGGGACGACCAAUCGGCCAAAGGGAGUGCUCUUGCCAGAGACCGCAAUCACAGCCCAAGCCCGUGCCUUGAUCGAAGCAUGGAAAUACUCACCAUCAGAUCGACUCCUCCACGUUUUACCCCUUCACCAUAUUCAUGGCACCAUAAAUGCGCUACUCACACCUCUCUUUGCCGGCAGCAGUAUCGAGUUCCUUUUCCCAUUCAAUGCCGACGCGGUAUGGCGCCGUUUUGCUUCUCCAUUUGUAGAUUCCCCUCAGGUUGCUGCAGCCGUCAAGCAAGCCAGUGAGGUGGCCGAGGCUGCAAAGACGAAUGGUAUUGCCAAUGGCAUUGUGCACCCGCUCAAAGCCUAUAGCCUUGACAAGCCUAAUGGAAUUACCAACAGUGCACACCAUCCAGUUUUGAAGACAAACGGUUUCCCUACUCCGGGACCUGUCGCAGAGGCCAACGGCACUAUCACUCCGGUAACAGAGACGAACGGUACCAGUACGCCGGCUCCGGAGUUGAACGGCUUCGGUACCUCGACCUCAUCAGAAAUUGGUCGUCUGGCAUCGGUCAUUAGCCAGCUCGCGGCCGAGGUUAAUAACCUUGCUGCGAGGAUCAAUCCGCCUAGCCAACCAGCUGCAUUGACCAACGGCCUAAACAAAGCCAUCGCACAGCAGACCAACAGCAUACCACAGUCUGCGACUGCAUCUACCAGCGGAUUCAACACUCCUGUUGUAUCGACUGAUGUGCCUACCACCCCAGUCGUGGAAUCAAACACUGUUCCUACGAAACAGCCAGAGCCGACAAAGCCAACGGCCGCGGAUUUAGCAAAGGAGGAGAAGUACAAAAACAUGGCACGCGUCAAGAUCACAUUCUUCACUGUCGUCCCGACGGUGUACACCCGUCUCCUUUCGACACAUAAAUCGCUGCCCCCAAUUAUCGCCGAAGCCGGCCGCAUCGCCAUCAGCCCCGAGCAUAUGCGCGUCUCUAUCUCCGGCUCUGCCGCUCUCCCGACUCCCGUUAAGCGCGCCUGGAAAGACCUCAGCCGAGGCAACGUGCUCCUUGAGCGCUAUGGCAUGACUGAGGUCGGCAUGGCGCUCUCCUGCGGUCUCGACUACGGCGACCGCGUCGACGGCAGCGUCGGGUGGCCGCUCCCCGGCGUCGAGGCCCGGCUCGUAGACAGCGAGACGGGCAUCCUCGUCGAGGACGACCCAAACGAGCUACCGUCCGACAAGGAACGCUCGGGCGAAAUCCAACUCCGCGGCGCCAACGUCUUCCGCGAGUACUGGGCCAACCCCACCGCCACUGCCAAGGAGUUCGUACUAUCAGACGACGGCAAAGGGCCUUGGUUCAAGACCGGCGACGUGGCCGUGCGCCGCCCCGUCCCCAGCGCCGGCCACGGCGUCAGCGGCGACUGGGCCCAGGGCCCCAUGUACUUCAUCCUAGGCCGGCAGAGCGCGGACAUCAUCAAGUCGGGCGGCGAAAAAGUCUCCGCGCUCGAAGUCGAGCGCGAGCUGCUGUCGCUCCCAGAGAUCGCCGAGGCGGCCGUCGUCGCCGUGCCGUCGGGCAAGUGGGGGCAGAAGGUCGGCGCCGUCCUCAUCCACUCCCCCGAGCACCUGCACGACCACCCGGCGUGGCGCCCCCUUGACAUGCGCCGCGCCCUCAAGGGUCGCUUGGCUAAUUAUAAGAUCCCCCAGGUGCUUAGGGUAGUCGAGCAUAUCCCCCGCAACGCCAUGGGCAAGAUCAACAAGAAGGAGCUGCUGAAGUCGGUGUUCUUGGAUGAUUUUAGUGGCGAUGAGAUGUGAAGGGGGGUCAGCUGGAGUUUUAUACUGGAAUGAGCGAUGCGGGGGUCUAUUUACACACUUGCACACUUACUUACAUUCAACAUACCCCACUUCCACCCGCCUAUAGAGGCGAUGACGAUGGCUGGAACGAGACGAGAGGAGAGGAGACGGAAAAUGACUGGAAUUAUCUAGACCUACCUACCAGCGUACCUAGUUUAUAGAUGUGUAUAUAUCGAAACGUCGUGUCGUGUUGUGUCGGGGCGGCGACUUUGGCUUUUAUGUAUAUUCGGGAAUCUAUUUACGGUUACCUCUUUACCUAUUACUUAUCCCCUCCUACGCAUCAUGUCCACGGUGUUUACGUGUCUGUUUGACUUCCAUCGUGCUUUCUUCGCCCAUCGUUACUUACUAACCUCGAGACAUAUCUAGCCUUAGUACAGUACCCAGGAGAAUACCUAACCUAGUAGCUGCAGUCAGUCAGUCAGUCAGCAGGCACUAGGCACUUGCUUGCUUGCUUCCUUGCAUGCACUCAUAUGUAGUUUCCAGUUUCCAGUUCGACUUUUUUCUUUUUUUUCUUUUUCUUUUUCAUCAUCGCGCCUUUCGCCCCACCAUCCAUCCCCCCCCCCCUUUUUUUUU